CCGAAACCCCCUCCCACUCUCAAAAUAGCAAGGAUAGUCGCUCAGCCAAGCCAAGCAAUCAACGAUGAUACUCUGUCCUGUCCAUUGACCACCUCAUCAUCGGCGAAACCCCUCGUAUCAUAUCAUAUAGUACAUCCUCAUUUCUUGGCCAGUGCAACCCAAGUCUUUCUCCUCCGCCGUGGACCGUCGGGCAAGCCCCUCAACUUGGCUCGUUCCUGUCCGACUUCUUAUCUCCGCCAAGGUCUUGGCUCCUUUGACCCCUCACAAAUUACGAUCCGAGGCGUGCUUUGCUGGUCAGAUGGCGUAGAAACUUGAAGUACAGAACAUUGAGGGCGGGGGAGGGAGAGAGGUUGGGACGGGAGAGAUGGCAAAUUGGCAAAUUAAGGAAAAGGGUAGUCGCGAUUGGGGUGCGUGUGUUUUCACGGUAUUUAAAUUGGACGGGGGGACCCCUGGGGAAUUUGCAUACCUUUUCUUCUUUUGUAGAGGUGCUUGAUUCAAAUUAUCCUUUGGGGUUGGGUUUAGCCUUAGCCUUAUUUUUAUCUACUUGCCUGGUACUAAACCUAGUAUCGUUAUGAGGUCGCUUUUGUGGGCUUCGGUGGUUUCGGGCGUGUUGGCUGGGAGGGCGCUUGUUUCGCCGGACGAAUUCCCGGAAGAUAUUCAGUUGGAAGAUCUGCUGGAAGGAUCCCAACAGCUCGAGGACUUUGCUUAUGCCUACCCUGAGCGCAAUCGCGUCUUUGGUGGUAAGGCCCAUGACGACACGGUCAACUACCUCUACGAGGAGUUGAAGAAGACUGGUUACUACGACGUCUACAAGCAGCCCCAGGUCCACCUGUGGAGCAAUGCCGACCAGACGCUAAAGGUAGGCGACGAGGACAUCGAGGCAAAGACUAUGACCUACAGUCCUAGCGUCGAGGUGACCGCCGAUGUGGCUGUGGUCAAGAAUCUGGGAUGUAGCGAGGCGGAUUACCCAUCGGAUGUCGCCGGCAAGGUCGCCCUUAUCCAACGUGGAGAAUGUCCGUUCGGCGACAAGUCCGUGCUCGCCGCCAAAGCCAAGGCCGCGGCUUCAAUUGUCUAUAAUAAUGUGGCAGGAUCCAUGGCGGGGACUCUUGGUGCGGCGCAGAGUGAUAAGGGCCCGUAUUCGGCCAUCGUCGGGAUCAGCUUGGAGGAUGGCCAGAAGCUGAUCAAGCUUGCUGAGGCUGGAUCGGUCUCGGUGGAUCUCUGGGUGGAUAGCAAGCAGGAGAACCGUACGACGUAUAACGUUGUCGCGCAGACGAAGGGAGGCGAUCCGAACAAUGUCGUCGCGCUGGGUGGCCACACGGACUCGGUCGAGGCGGGCCCUGGGAUCAACGACGAUGGCUCGGGCAUCAUCAGCAACCUGGUCGUUGCGAAAGCGCUGACGCAGUACUCCGUGAAGAAUGCCGUGCGCUUCCUCUUCUGGACAGCCGAGGAGUUCGGUCUCCUGGGCAGCAACUAUUACGUCUCCCAUUUGAAUGCCACCGAGCUGAACAAGAUCCGACUGUACCUGAACUUCGACAUGAUCGCCUCGCCCAACUAUGCCCUCAUGAUCUAUGACGGUGACGGAUCGGCGUUCAACCAGAGCGGACCGGCCGGCUCCGCCCAGAUCGAGAAAUUGUUCGAGGACUACUUCGACUCCAGCGACUUGGCUCAUAUCCCGACUCAGUUCGACGGACGUUCCGACUACGAAGCCUUUAUUCUGAACGGCAUCCCGGCUGGUGGACUCUUCACGGGUGCCGAGGGCAUCAUGUCCGAGGAGAACGCCAGCCACUGGGGAGGCCAAGCCGGCGUGGCCUACGACGCCAACUACCACGCCGUGGGAGACAACAUGACCAACCUCAACCAUGAAGCCUUCCUGAUCAACUCCAAAGCCACCGCUUUUGCCGUAGCCACCUAUGCCAACGACCUCUCCUCGAUUCCCAAGCGGAAUACCACUUCCUCCCUCCACCGACGAGCCCGCACCAGGAGACCCUUCGGCAAGAGAGCGCCUAAGACGCACGCUCACGUAUCAGGAUCUGGAUGCUGGCAUUCGCAAGUCGAGGCAUAGCCUAGUUCUACACUUUACCCAUAGUCAACCAAAUUCAGUUUAAAAAACAUAUAGCCGUAAAUAAAUAAA